AUGGGAGGACUCUGUCCAUCAAAGAGGUCCUUGUAUAGAUACAUGAAUAAUGAGAUAAUGGAACUGGGUUUACCUUGCCAAUAUAGAGCCAUUGCUGAUGAGGUGGUGGUGUGGUUCAGUCAUGUCCGACUCUUCGCAAUCCCAUGGAUUGCAGCAUGCCAGGCUUCUUUGUCCUUCACUGUCUCCCAGAGUUUGCUCAAUCUCAUGUACACUGAGUCAGUGAUGCCAUCCAACCAUUUCAUCUUCUGUCGUGCCCUUCUCCUCCCAACCUCAAUCUUUUCCAGCAUCAGGGUCUUUUCCAAUGACUCAACUCUUCGCAUCAGGUGGCCAAAGUAUUGA